AUGUUGAGCGCGCGCGAGAACAAUAAUAAGAUCGUGUUUGCGGUCGCUGCCCGAGGAGGAAUUCGGAGGAGGCGCGAGGCCCGGUGCUCGCGCCGCGCCCGGGAGCCCGGGAAAGAGGCCGCCGGCGGCGGCGGCGGCAUGAGGCAGGCGACGCGGCGCCUGUGAGCAGCGCACGGCGGCGGCGGGGAACCUCAGCGCGGGGAGAGCCGAGCGGCCGGGGGCUCCCCUCCCCCGCUGCCGGGCGGUGAUUUGCCGGGCCUGCUGCGCCCCCCGCCCACCCCUCGCCCCAGCCGCCGCCUCGCCGCUUCCCUUCGUCGGAGCGGCCGCUCGUCCGCCCGCCCGCCCGGCUCGAGGCCCGCGGGGAGCGCGGCGCAGUCCGUUGGCCCGCGGGGGGGCGGCCUCCCGGCAUCUUCGCGUCGCCCAAGGACGACCAGGAAGGGGAGCGGCCGGGAUGGCGCGUCCGCGGCCCCGCGAGUACAAGGCGGGUGACCUGGUCUUCGCCAAGAUGAAGGGCUACCCGCACUGGCCGGCCCGGAUUGAUGAACUCCCAGAGGGAGCUGUGAAGCCUCCAGCAAAUAAGUAUCCUAUCUUCUUUUUUGGCACCCAUGAAACUGCAUUUCUAGGUCCCAAAGACCUUUUCCCUUAUAAGGAAUACAAAGACAAGUUUGGAAAGUCAAACAAACGGAAAGGAUUUAAUGAAGGAUUGUGGGAAAUAGAAAAUAACCCAGGAGUAAAGUUUACUGGAUAUCAGGCAAUUCAGCAACAGAGCUCUUCAGAAACCGAGGGAGAAGGCGGGAAUACUGCAGAUGCAAGCAGUGAGGAAGAAGGUGAUAGAGUAGAAGAAGAUGGAAAAGGCAAAAGAAAGAAUGAAAAAGCAGGCUCAAAACGGAAAAAGUCAUACACGUCAAAGAAAUCCUCCAAACAGUCCCGGAAAUCUCCAGGAGAUGAAGAUGACAAGGACUGCAAAGAAGAAGAAAAUAAAAGCAGCUCUGAGGGUGGAGAUGCCGGCAAUGACACAAGAAACACAACUUCAGACUUGCAAAAAACCAGUGAAGGGACCUAACUACCAUAAUGAAUGCUGCAUAUUAAGAAAACCACAAGAAGGUUAUACGUUUGGUUGUCUAAUAUUCUUGGAUUUGAUAUGAACCAACACAUAGUCCUUGUUGUCAUUGACAGAACCCCAGUUUGUAUGUACAUUAUUCACAUUCCUCUCUGUUGUGUUUGGGGGAAAAAAGACAUU